CACUUUAUUCGUUUCCACUGAUUCGUCUCGUGCGGUUGUGUAGAAACAGCGAGUAAUACCGUUGGUCGUUGGUUUGAGGCAGCAUCAGACUUUCGCUAACGCGCGUUGUUUUUAUUUGUUAAGUGCACUGACUGUUGCGGGAUUUUACGAUCUGAGCCCAGUGUUAGCAGCAUCCGUGCUUCGGGGAAUCGCUAGUCCCAAAAGAGUAGUGUGUUAUUUAAAGUGGAUAUAUUCUAAAAAGAAAAUGUGAUUUUCAUUUGUCGAAUGAGUGAGAGGUGAUCGUGAAGAAAGUUAUUUCUGCAAAACUGCAUUCCGUCGCAAAUACAAGCCGCGAAAGCAUGCUUUUUUGAUUCACGCUUUGUGUAUGUCAUUGCAACACACUAUUGUUGGAGGUUUAUGCAGCCACUGUAUAACUACAUCGACAAUCACAGCACUGUUCCAAACCCGGAACAAAGAGAGGUCGGGGAACUAAUGGUUAUGAUGUAAAUUGAGUACGGUCCGUUAUCGGAGAACGGAAUAUAUCGUGGGGAGAAGUGAAUCUUCCGAGUACGGUUUCAGGAAUAACAUCACUGAGUUAGAGAGACUCGAAGAGAGAGAAAGAGAGAGAGAUAGAGUGCAGUCACAAAAUAGAAGGAACCUAGGUGGCUGUCCUCUGGCAGACGCGACACCCAGUCAGCUGUUUUGGGUCAGACCGUAAUUGAAUAGAAUCAAGAACUGGUUGUGCUAAACAUAACGUUUUUAAAAAGUUAACAUUGCUGAUCCGAACUCUAACUGGCGCAGCCGGUAGGAUCUGUGUGAUAGUGGUUUUAAAACAUAUAACAGUGUUGUGCAAGUGAUCAUUUAUUAGAAGAACUAACCGGUCACGCUAAGCAACGGUUGAUUAUCUACAAAAGCAGCGACACCGAUUAGGACACAACUGUAAAAGGAUCCACCACGGAAACACGACCUACUCAUUACUACGGAUGCUAACACCAGUUUUCAUAUUGAACUGAAUUUCGUUGGACCACCAGACUAUGGCCAAAUUUGACGGCGAGAAUGGAUACGGUCAACCUCUCAAAUAUGAUCCAGAUUUCAAAGGCCCACUGUCGAAGCGGUCAUGCACGGAUAUACCCUGCUUGUUUCUGUUUAUUCUCUUCCUAGUAGGUUGGGGAGGUGUGGCAUACUAUGCCUUUAUGAAAGGUGACUUAGAUCGAUUGCUGGUACCGACGGAUUCGAACGGAUUAAAGUGUGGCGUCGACAGUGGAGUACAGAAGGAACCCUAUUUGAUAUUUUUCGACAUAUCCGAGUGUGCCAAGCCCGACGUGCCCUUGUACGGGUGCCGGACGCCUCAGGUAUGCGUAAGUGAAUGCCCGACAGAAGAUUUCUACUUUCGAUACGAAGAAUGCAAUGCCAACUCGAUAGGAACCAUCAGAUCUCAGUUAAUUUGCGAUCGCUCCGUCCAAAAGAAUGAGCUGAACUGUGCGGAUAUUCAACCCUAUAUUGACCGCGGACGGUGUGCUAAGUAUUAUCUGAAAAGUGUUCCGUUCGCAAAACGAUGCAUCUCCAACCUUCCGGACUCUGAGUGUCCUUACAUUCCUUCUAAGGUACUGCAACAGUACAAACUAACUCCAUCAUCGUUUGACUUGAGCGUUAGCAAUGUAAGCAUUCGAACGGGUAAGCAGUUGUCAGAAGCGUUGCGGCAGGAUUGUGCUAAACAGCGACGCAUCGGCCGUCAACUGAUAGUCGAACGGAUAUCCAAGCUGCAGUCCUACUUUGCUCGCUACGUGGACAACGUACUGUCCCAGAUUACCAACGACACCCACGUACAUCAGACCGGGCAAAUGGUAGUAGAAGACAUCCUGGAAACAUGGCGCCUGGUUCUCGUGAUCUUACUACUAUCACUUCUGGUUAGUCUGAUAUUCAUCACAAUGUUGCGGUGGAUCGCCAAGCCGAUGGUUUGGAUUUCGAUUUUGGGCGUGAUUGUUGCUCUGAGCUACGGAGUUUACUAUAGCUACAUUCAGUAUGACUACAUUAGGCAGAAUCCGGUAGAAAAUCAUGUCAACGUUUCUCCGAAUCUGAGCUCACUGGUUCAAUCUUGGUUUAGAUCGGAUAAAACCUGGCUAUGGAUUCUGAUCAUACUAUCGAUUACUUUAGUCGUUCUCUUGCUGGUAGUGUUGGUUCUCCGCAAACGCAUAGUAAUCGCCAUCGCGUUAGUAAAGGAAGGCAGCAAAGCCGUCAGCGCCAUCUUUUCGACUGUUUUCUUUCCUAUUAUUCCCUGGGCGCUGCAUGUUUUGGUGAUCAUAUUUUCGAUCGCGGUUGGUCUCUUCUUGGCCUCGAUCGGUACUCCAAUAUACAGAGUGUACGGCUUGAAUACCACCGUCACUUGCGUCUGUGAUAAUGGCUAUCGAGAUGGGGAUAUUUGCGAUCCGGUGGUUUUCAAUGAACAUUGUCAUAACAGCUCAAUGCGUGAUCUCUCGGGUCGCUGCAUUGGCGCAUCGUGUAAUUUCCAAGACAUAAACAGUCCAAGAGAAGUGGGAUAUUUUCACGCACUGAACGUAGUAGGAUUUUUCUGGGGCAUUUGUUUCGUAUCCGCAUUCGGUGAAAUGGUCCUUGCGUUUACCUUUGCCACAUGGUAUUGGACCUUCCGCAAGAAAGAUCUACGCUUUUUUGUUCUGACCACCGGAUUCUUUCGAACAGUUCGCUAUCAUUUGGGAACGCUGGCCUUCGGAUCGUUGAUCAUUGCGAUCUGCAAGAUCAUUCGCGCCAUGUUGGAAUAUAUAGAUCACAAACUGAAGAAGUACGACAACGGAGUGGUGAAGGCUGUGCUUUGUUGCUGCAAGUGUUGUUUCUGGUGUCUGGAAAGCUUCCUGAAAUUCUUGAACACCAACGCAUAUAUUAUGUGUGCCAUCCAUGGCAAGAACUUUUGCUCCAGUGCGAAGGACGCGUUCAGUCUGCUGGCCAGAAAUGUACUGCGGGUUAUCGCCCUGGACAAGGUUACCGGGUUUCUCUUUUUACUUUCAAAACUUUUGCUAGCUUGCGGAAUGGCUGCCGUGACAUACACGUUCUUUGAUGCCGGGAUCACCAAACAGUUGCACUACCCAUUCAUUCCUUCUAUCCUGGUUUUUCUCGGGACGUACAUUAUCGCCUCGGUGUUCUUCAGCGUAUAUUCGGUUGCAGUGGAUACUCUAUUCCUCUGUUUUUUGGAAGACUGCGAGCGUAACGAUGGCACCCCCGAAAAACCUUACUACAUGUCUAAGAGUUUGAUGAAGAUUCUGGGUAAAAAGCAGAAAUUCAUCACAGCCCGCUAGGAGUAAAUCUUGGAAAAAAACGAGCUCUCCACCAAACGUGAUCACAUUGUUCCCGGAUAACCGGGAGGAUUCGAAAAAGAACAAUUUAUUUAUCGUUCAUGUAGCAUUAAGGCAUCAACAGUGCAACAAUAAUAACUAAACCAAAUACAAGGAAUCAGUACUAUGAUUCAAAAAAAAAUAUUCAUCGAGGCCAAAGUUUGAUAGGGAGAAAGUCAGAGGAACGCAAAAGAGUUUGAUAUGAAUGGUGCAAUUUGCCAAAGGGAAGACACAUGUUUUCUCAACAAUACAUUGAAACAUACAAACGAUAAAAGACUUACUAUAUUACCACUAUACUAAUAUCGAAUCAUUAUUUAACAAUUUCGUACUUUAAGUAAGAAUGUUUCGUACUGGCAAGUUACUAUAACAAUGUUGUUUGAAAGGACCGAGAGAAAAAAGAACUUAUUGAGCAAGAAUCAAGUAUUUUUAUAACAAUAUAUUUAUGAAUAAUAAUAUAAAGCAAUAUGGCAACCGAAUAAUUUGUGGUGUACAUUGAAACUAAAUGGUUGUUCAUACAUUUGUUGUUAUUUGAUAAAGAAACUGAUUGUGAUUGAUUCUAGGAGCAUAUGAAUACAUAGUAUGAUGAAAAGGAUAUACCUCUUGCAAACCGAUUUUAGAUAAUCUUAACAUUGUCUCAGAUGUAAUAACCACAAUUUAGCAAUCAGCAAAUACAUAUGCUGCAUAAAUCAUAAGUUACUGAGUUGUAAUGUUGCUGUCAAACAUUACAGAAAAUAAUCAUGUCUUGAAUUAUUA